AUGUCAAUGAAUAAUUACAGUAGUUUCAACGGAUUUAUAUCCGCUUGUAGGCCGGAUGCAUCUUUUGGAUCUCAAAACAAUGCUACUGGAAGUAAUGUCUAUAGAAGGAUUCAGGCAGCGUUGGAAGUAGGAUACCCCAACACUGAUCCAAAUCAGUUCAUUUCGCAUAACUAUGCGGUAUCUGGAUCUGGGAGAAUUCAAAUUCCUGCGUUCGAAGCUCCUUCUCCGUACGAUUUUGCCGUCCAGAUGUUGAUGGCUACUGUCAAAACCAUAAGUUUUGACGGAAGUUGGCAGCUUACAGGACCAGGUGUUGAUUCGGGGUACAACCAGGAGGGAACAGGCAUCAUUGCUUUUCCACAGCUUAACGGAUCAACUUCCUAUACAUGGACAAUCGAUUAUCAUUACGCAGGCAAUGAGCCGCAGUUCAUUCUAGCCAGAAUAUACUAUUAUAUAUUACUAUCACGACUUCCUUCCAUUCUGCUGAAUCCGGCUUUUGUGUUUCAUUUUUUAAAGAGGUUCCUUGAUAAUGACCAAGCCCCCAUCUGUGGAUCAACUUUGUUCAUUAUGGUGAAAAGAUAUCCAAACGAAAACGAUGUUCACGAUCUUAUCACUCAAUUACGGAACAACCAUGUUUUCGUUUACUUCUCUGUCAAUGAUACACCUUCCGGAGGAAACAAUCCGAGAGCUUUGUUCGAUUUAUCUAUGUAUACCAAUGGUUAUUGUGUUUUCAGUAGAUUUACAGGAGAUGUGGCGACAUAUUCGACAGAAGUAUUUGAUGAGACUUACCAAAUAGUCGCUCAAAAUUUUGUUGUUUCCGGAUCCGGCAGAAUUGAAUUACCGCUGUUCAAAUUUCCUGAACCAUAUCCGGGAGAGUGGCAAAAUUUUAUUACUUGGAUGAUCACUAUUCAAAGUCACGUGCUCGAUUCUGAUUUUAUUACCUUGAACUAUACAUUCGCCAGCACGGACGGUACUUCUGUGUUAACAGGACCAGAUCCUAACAUCGAUACGAUUAGUGUAUUGAUGGGAACUGGAUACAGUGGCUGGACUGAAUUGAACGGUACCAACGAAUACAAAUGGACUAUUGAUUAUAAAUACGCCGGCAAUGAACCUCAGGUCAUCGAGGUCAGACUUUACAACAGAAACUAUCAAGAUUUCCUACCGCUACCUGACUACUGA